ACACACACAUACACACACACACAGAGCCACAUAGACACUCAUUAGAGCUACACGAACACAGCAGCGCACGGUGACUGCGCGGAGGGAGCGGAGCGGUACAGCGGUCAUUCCGGAGAGAAGAGCUGGAUUUUAUCCCCACAAGCAGCGCGUUAAGAACCGUCCUCACAGAGCUUAUGUGUAUGAAGAGGAGCAGAGCAGCACCAUGGUUCGGGAAACCAGACACCUGUGGGUGGGAAAUUUACCCGAACACGUCCGAGAGGAGAAAAUAGUGGAGCAUUUCAAACGGUAUGGACGGGUGGAGAGCGUUAAGGUCCUCCGGAAGCGGGGCUCGGAGGGCGGCGUGGCGGCGUUCGUGGACUUUGUGGACAUCAAAAGCGCGCAGAAGGCGCACAACUCCGUCAACAAGAUGGGCGACCGAGACCUCCGCACAGAUUACAACGAGCCCGGCUCGGUGCCCAGCGCCGUCCGGGGCCUGGACGACGCCUCGCCGUCCAGCAGUCACGCCAGGGACGUGGCGAGUUUCUCCCGGGCCGCCGUGGGUGCCGUUUAUGGACCCCCGGUGUCUCUGCACACCAGAGAGGGACGCUAUGAGCGCAGAAUAGACGGCAGUUCGGACAGUCGGGAUCGGGCGUACGAGCACAAUCCCUACGGACACCACGAGCGCGGCGGCACUUUCGAAAGGCCGCGCCACUACAACUCGGACUAUUACAGAGACCGCGCCAUGUUCGCGUCCGGGGUCGGCCCCAGCCCGGCGGUGAGCGCCAUCAGCGGCGGCUUCGACGCCCCGGAGUCUCACUUCGAGUCUCGGAUACGCGAGCCCUUUCCUCCGUCCGGCUCCACGCGCCGGGACCCUUACCGGGACGACAGGGGGCGCCGCGCCGAUCGGACUUAUCACCGGCGGAGUCGAUCGUCUCAUUCCUCGCAGUCGCGACACCCCUCUCCGCAAAGGACCACAGGACAGACCCCGAAAGCACCUCAUUCCCCUAAAAGAGUAGCGGUAUCGCCGAGCAGAGGACAGCGGUCGCGGUCACGGAGCCGGUCGUCCAGCUCGGACUCGGUCAGCAGCACCAGCAGCACCGGGAGCGGCAGCAGCGACUCCAACAGCAGUUCGAGCGAGGGAUCUCGGGCGCGCUCGGUUCAGUCUGCGGCGACGCACCCCCCUCCGGGUCCUCCCCCGCUGGUCCUGGACUGCGACGAGCCCCGCAGGAGCUUCGGGAUCAGGGUCCAGAACCUUCCUGUACGAUCCACAGACACCAGUUUGAAAGACGGCCUGUUCCACGAGUUCAAAAAGUACGGCAAGGUGACGUCGGUGCAGAUCCACGGCGCCUCGGAGGAGCGGUACGGGUUAGUGUUCUUCAGACAGCAGGAGGACCAGGAGAAAGCUCUGAGCGUGUCUAAAGGGAAGCUCUUUUUUGGGAUGCUGAUCGAAGUGACUGCGUGGAACGGACCCGAGACUGAAAGUGAGAACGAGUUUCGCCCGUUGGACGGGAGGAUAGACGAGUUCCACCCGAAAGCUACUCGCACUUUGUUUAUCGGGAAUCUGGAGAAGACGACCAACUACCAGCAGCUGCUCGACGUCUUCCAGCGCUUCGGGGAGAUCGUGGAUAUUGAUAUAAAGAGGGUGAAUGGAGUUCCGCAGUAUGCCUUUGUGCAGUACUCUGAUAUCGCCAGCGUUUGUAAAGCCAUCAAGAAAAUGGACGGAGAGUAUUUGGGCGCCAACAGACUCAAGCUUGGUUUCGGGAAGAGCAUGCCGACGACGUGCGUGUGGUUAGACGGCCUGUCGUCCAACAUCACCGAGCAGUACCUGACCCGACACUUCUGUCGCUACGGCCACGUGGUUAAGGUGGUGUUCGACAGGUUAAAGGGCAUGGCUCUCAUCCUCUACAACAACACGGAUUUCGCCCAGGCGGCUGUAAGAGAGACCAAAGGCUGGAAAAUCGGAGGAAACAAAAUCAAGGUCGACUUUGCCAGUCAGGAGAGCCAGGUUGCGUUCUAUCGCUCCAUGCAGGCUUCAGGACAGGAUAUGCGCGAGUUUUAUGACAUCGCUUCAGAAAGAAGAGACGAGCGAAGACCUCCGUAUCACGAAUUCUCAGCAGAGAGAGCGUACUAUGAGAACGUCCGGACCCCGGGUAUCUAUGCCGAAGACCCCCGUCGAGAGUAUUCCGUCCGAGCCAGAGAGCGGUACGCAGAGUUGGACCACUAUCCAGCCGAGCACUACGACCCACGUUAUCACGAGGACCCUCGAGAGUACCGGGAUUAUCGGGAUCCGUUCGAACAGGACAUCAGAAAGUACAGCUACAUUCAGCGGGAACGGGAGCGAGAACGCGAGCGCUUCGAGGCCGACCGGGGAAGAUGGAGUCCCUCCCAUCCACGCCGACCCAUAACCCCUACGGCCUCGCCUUCACCAUCCGAGCGCGUCUCUAGAGAAGAGCGGCGGGUGUACAGGCAGUCGUCCGAGAGGAGCGGGAGCUGUAGCUCGUUAUCACCCACGCCUCAGUACGAAAAGACCGAAAAGUCUCCGGUCGAGUAUAAGACGGAGGGUCUGGACAGAGAAACGGAGCCGGCCGAGGCCGAUCGGGCCAGCGGGACGGAGAAGAGCAAGCGCGGCAGGCGCAAAGACAAGGCAGACAGAGAGAAGGGCGAGAAGGUCAAGUCGAGGAGGGGGAAGGUGCAGUCUCCCAGCAUGUCUUUCGCCGAGCCGGAUCGGGAGCCAAGCCUGGAUUCAAAUUCUGGAAAAGUUAAAGUUCCCGAUGCCGACGGCUCGGAGAAACCGAGGCACAAAGGCGAGGGAUCCCCUUUUGAUCCGAUGUCUCGCUUGGAGCCGCAAAAAGAACGGCUUGAUUUCAGCAAGACCGAGUCUCAGGAACGGGAUAACAAAGGAAGGUCCAAGAAACCCCCUAAAUCUGAAAUUAACGACGGGAAAGAUCCUCUAAUGGACUCCGACAAGCUGGCAGCACGGAAGAGGCGCUUCGGUGAUCCUAUUAGUAAAGGCGUAAAACCAAAAAGGGGUCGAGUUGAGGAUGACCAGACUACUGGGGCUGGCCAACCUGCCGAUUCUGGGGCAAAUUCGUUUGCAAAAGAGCUAGAAAGUGACGUAAAAACGUUAGAAAAAGACGCACAGAAGAGGGAUCAUUCCAAAUCCAGUUCCGACAGGGUGGCCUCUCAUCAGAGGGAAGAGUCGGAUCCCAGUAUAAGAGCCGAGUCACAAAGUGCGUCUGCACGCCAAGGAGAGCAUUCUGAGCCUUUGGAGCCUUUAAACUCGAAAUCGCAUCCUGGCCCAAGCACGUCUAGACAAGUCUCCAACGACGGAAGCCCGGAAAAGGACGCCAAAGGCAAGGACGAAUAUUUGGACAUCGAUCUUUCUCAGAGUUAUCGCAAGCAGAUGGAACAAAACCGAAGACUUCAGCAGCAGCUCCAAGAGUCUGAAAAAGCAGGGAAAACGGAAACCUCUCAAAGUCUGGACACAGAAGAUUUAGAGCAUCGCAGUUUAGUGCACGAGGUUGGGAAGCCACCACAGGACGUCACUGAUAACUCUCCACCGAGCAAAAGCAAGAAGCAAGAUCAGUUAGAAAUGGACCUUGGUAGCAAGAGAGAACGUGUAUAUCGCAUUUUUCGCCCGAAGAGCGAAGACCCCGAAUGGACCUCGCCAAGGUUUCACGCCUCUCAACACGGAGAUGAAGAAUUUACAGACGUUCCGCAAUUAAUCAAUGUUAAAGAAGUCAAAGAACAGCCCAGAACGGUAGAUAACGCUCACCCGGACUUGGACGUCGGAGUUAAACAGGUACAUUGCCCACAAAUGUCAAAGUUAAGCACUCCGGUACAGGAUGAACAAAGGCGCUGGGAGAGUCGCCUGAAGCAGGACUUGUUACCCGACUUCUCCAGGAACUCUGAGAAAAGGCGUCUCAAUCGUAAAUAUUUAAACUAUAGACUCUGGCCUGAUUUGGAACCUGGUGAGGUGCAUUCUGAUUCUGAGGAGGAUCGAGAGCAGAAACCGAACUCUCCCAUGCCUUCAACCUCGGUGUCUUUUCCUGAGCGGCACCGAGGAGACCGGUUAUCGGAAUCCAAGCUGACCAACUCCCUGGAAAGAAACAAAUUCUGUUCCUACGCGCUUGACCAAACCAUCACACCGGAUACGAAAGCUCUGCUGGAGCGAGCAAAGUCUUUGUCCUCUUCGAGAGAAGAUAAUUGGUCCUUUCUUGACUGUGACUCGCAUUUUGCGAGUUUCAGAAGCAGGAAAGAUACAGAGAAGGUAGAAUCCACGCCCCGCCCGACGCCUUCAUGGUACAUGAAGAAAAAGAAAGCACGAAGCGAGUCUGACGAUAAACUAGACGACAGGAAGGAAGAUCCUAAACCGGCGGAACAAGAGAGGCGAGAGCUUUUUGCUUCGCGCUUUCUCCACAGUUCUAUUUUCGAACAAGACUCGAGGCGCCUUCAGCAUCUUGAAAAGAAACAUGAAGAUGCUGCAAAUGCUUUUCCAGGUGGUCAGCAAGGCCAAAUCGAAGGUCAGCCUGACCCGGAACCGGUCGUCCUUUUCCAUGAUCGCUUUUUAGAGUUGACGAGGCUGCAGCAACAGAAGGGAAAAGACCCGUCUCAGCAAGAUCCCCAAAAAGAUGAAAGUGUCGAGGAAAAAGCGAAUGAUAAAACACAGGAGGAGCAGAAAUCGACCCAGCAACCCAGUGCUGUUGAGUCUAAUGUGCAGCAAGCUGAGAUUAAACCAGUCAGCCCUGCACAGGUACCUCAGACAAGCCCUGUGCAAAGCAUUCAGACCAACACUGUCCAGGAACCUCAGAAGUCACCACCAGUCAUCCAGACUAAAGAGUUAUCACCACAACCAGAAGCGGUUUCUGUCCGAGCUCCUUCCCCUAAACAACCAAGUCCUCCAGUUAAAGAAGAAAAGCAGCCUGAACAACCCGUUACUUCUCAGUCAAGUUCACUGCCCCAAGAAAUGCCUGAAAUUCAGGAGCCAAAACCUUCGCUAAAUGAGACUAGGGUAAGCCCUACUAAAGAGAUGGAAGUGACUAAAGACGGAAAUGAUGAGGAGUUAUCCAGCAGUAAUACACAGACCACUGACGCCCAACUAAACAGUGAACCAGAACCCGAACCAAAGAGUGAGCUCCCAGAAUUACAGAAUUCUCCCUCCCCUAUGAUUGUGAAUGAACCAGGCGUGUUAGAAAAACCUGAGCCUGAAACCAUAGAGGCAGAACUGCUACUCAGAGAGGUUCACCCAAAAGGUGCUGACAGUUACACUGCAGAGGAACCGGUUUCUCCUCUGCCCAAGUCGAAAAGUAAGAAGGCGAAGGCCUCUCCUACAACGCCAGUUGCUCCUCUGACCUCAACAAACACGCCAGAUAAACAAACUACGCGCAAAAGUGAGCGGAUCGAUAGAGAAAAGCUUAAGCGUUCAUCUUCUCCCAGAGGAGAGCAAUCUAAAGCAGUUUCAGAUUCCAAAACAACUGCCAAGUCUCCUAUUCAUAGCCCCGAGCCGGAAGGUACAGAGCAGAACGCGCUCUCUGGAAGAUCAAGGCGUAAAAAUGUGCGUUCGGUUUAUUUGAAGAAUCCGAACAAAGAGGAAUCUGUACCACAGCCUGUCAAGGAAGCGGAGUCACCACGUGGUGCACGCAAACGUGGUGUAGAUAAAGAUUCAGUGCAACAGCAACCGGCAGAGCCCGAAAGCCUUCCUGCACCGACGACCUCGAGACGCGGACGUCCACCCAAGAAUCGACGCCAAGGAGAAGAUCUUGCAGGUGGGAAAAACGAGCGGUCAAAGUUGUCUGACGCUAAGGAGAGUGAUAUCAGUGAAAACAGUGAUGCCAUCACUAAAGUGGGCAAAGGCAAGCAUUCACCUCAGACCACAAAAUCAGCAAAUCAGGGCACUGUAUCUGGAUUUGGCAAGAAAGGAGACAACAUUUCUGAGCCUAUGGCCUCUGGUGUGGACAUGGAGUCUCAGGACGGCACCGUCCAGCAGGAUGGUGGUCCAUCAGUGGAAAACGACACAAAGGAGGAAAGCAUUUUAGAAACAAAGCAAGAGAAGGACAGAGAGACUCCACUAGAAGGUGCUGCUGGAGGCCAAAAUAAACCAUGCGAUCCCGUUCAGGAAGCCUCAUCCUUAGAGAAAAGUGGAAGACCAAAGCCAACUAGACUCAAUCGCAACCCAAAGAUAGUGACUGACGAUAAAUCUCUAAUUCUCAAAGAUCUCAGAAUCAGGCUCGAUGUGACUGAGGUAAAGGCAACUCUUCAAACAGGCGAGGAUGAAUCCGGGCAUGACGAGUCACCUAAAAAGAUGCUUGGUACAUCCCCUAAAGAGCCAAUACCAGAACCCAGGUUUGAGAAGGAAAUCAUGAUGGACGAAGAUACAAUUAAAGAAGAGUCUAUAACACCUCCCCCAAAGGUUAAGGAUCCUAAUGAGGCAUUGUUAUUCCGCCAAAUGGAACUAGAACAAGCUGUGGAGAACAUAGCCAAGCUUACAGAGGACCCUACACCCAUGCAGUUUAAAAUCCCAAAUGAGUCACAACCUACUGAACUUGUUGUGGAGCCCGAGAUUGAGCCAGAAGGAGACAAGCCAGCUAAUCCCGCUAGUGAAACGGAACUUGCUGCCGCUAUCGAUUCCAUCACAUCUGAAGACAUGUCCUGCAGCCUGCCACAAGACCAAAUCAUAAGUUCUGUCAUCAAUCCAGAGCCAGGCAUCCAAACUCUGGUACCAGAUGCAAAAGUUGCUGAAAGUGAUGUGGAUUCGGCCACUAUCCAAGAGGACGCCUCCAAUACGGGAGCAACAAAAAAGGGGGCUAAAGGAAGACCAAAGGCUCAAAAAAGAGCUAAAGGCCCGAGGGCUGUGAACAAAAAGGAUGCAGCCAAAGAGAUGGUAAUCGAUGCAGAGAGUUCGUCUGUAAAGUCACCAGAGUCUUUACCUCCAGAGAUACCCACAGGAACAGAGACCUCACCACCAGCAGCUGCAGUGAUUACUCCCACAUCCAAGCAGGAUAUGAGUUUACCGGUCAAUGUUACUGAAGUUCCUAAAGUGACCGAGGUUCCUCUUAAAGAACAGCCUGACCUGCCAAAACCAUCAGGUCUUCCAGUAAGCAAAAGCCCAACGUCCAUUAAGCCUCAGCCCAAUCCUUAUGAUUGUACAUCUCCAUCUGUUUCUCCCACAAGUAUUUGCCUCAAACCUUUACAUCAAAGUCGACCCCCAAUUUCCCCCACAGACCAACUGAAUCAGUCUAAAGAGACCGCAGUGCUCACCAAUUCAGUAAUGCCUACAGCUCCGGUGGAGAGCCCAACGAUGCAUCCCAGCAGCGAUCUACGUAAAAUUCUCGCAAAGCCGAGAGGUAUCCCAAUCCCAGAGGUUAAUGCUAUUCCUGGGGCCAUACAUGCAAGGGAGAGUGAUGCCAAAAAUGUCCCACAUGAGAACAGGCAGCCUUCUAUUUCAGCUCAACCCUUAGUUCGACCGCCAGCGUCCUUAGCAUCUCCAGAAACAAAGCAAUCGGUCAUUUCUGUAAUCGCCUCCACAGCCUCGGUCAUCAGUCGAAUCUGCAACCCUUCUGAAUCAGAGGAGACGCACAGUGUUCCAAUAAAUAAUCCCUUUGUGGAAAAGCAACCACCCAAACCAGUGUACCAGCCCAGCAUGGAGGAAAGCGGCGCUUAUCAUGGACCGCCCGGUGGAGAGGAGGGUGGAAACGCAAGUCGCUAUAUAGUAGAGAACACAUCCUUGAGCACAGGCCCUCCUCCUGCAGGCCUAAGGGUAAACACCUCGGAGGGAGUGGUAGUGCUUAGUUACUCUGGGCAGAAAAUCGAGGGUCGACAACGGAUUAGUGCCAAGAUCAGCCAGAUCCCACCUCCUAGUGCCAUAGACAUAGAAUCCCAGCAGCUGGUAUCAAUGCCUCCGAUCAAACCAGAACUUUACGGUGCAUCCCAGCGAGACUCACCCAAGGGUCCAGUUCCGUCAUCGGAUCAUGGCCAUUCUCUGAAGUCACAGGCAAAUAUGUCUUCUAAGCAUGAAUCUGGGCCAGACAAGUUGGAUCCCUACUCUCCUGUGCAAAGUGGUGUUGUAAAAAGAAUACAGCAGACUCCUGGUCCAUCACAGGUCAUAGGUUUUCAUCCCUCAGACUACACUAUUCUAAUGAAGCAUCCAAAAAAGGCAGAAGGGAAUGAAUCUCCCUGGGUGUCGGCUAUAAGUCCUGCCAUAAGCCCUCAUCUUCCCUCUGCAGCUGGUAACCAUGUUGGGUUUAUACCAGGAACACCUACAGAUAGACCCCCUUCACAUAUUCAGCCCUUACAGGAACCAAGAUCUCCAAGGAAAUCUGGACAUCCCCAUUCUCCCUUUGCUAAAGUGUCCUCGCCUAUUGGCUCUUCAUCUCCCAAAGCUGUUUCAAUGGUCUUGCAACCGGGUUUGCCUACAAUUUCUCAGUACAUCCCCAGUGUGCAUCAUUCUGAACAGUCAGUCAUCAUGCCUCCUCAUAGUUCCCACGGCGGUCUGGGAAGAAUUUCUCCUCACCGGGUGGGCCAGGCCAUUACCAUGGGUCAUCUUUCUCAAGGAGAGGUCAGAGUUAACACGCCACCUCUGGUAAUGAGCUAUGGCAUUCAUAACGAAGGCCUUGCAUCAUCCUGGCCACCAGGCCAACAGCGCUCGACGUCUCCUCAGGCUGUAGUGAACCGAGAGAUGGUCCUCAAGGUUAACCCAGCCAAUGCCAGAGGCCACGAUGGACUAGGGAGACCACCAGCUACUCAACUAAAACAAGACUCAAUACCUGCAGAGUACCGCGGGCCAGUUCACAGCGGAAUGGCGCUGGACCGAUUUAACAUGUCGGCGAGAGACAUGCGAAUGCUCAUUCACCACCAGCAGGGGGAGCGUCCGUCUGGAGAGCUGCACCCAGGCCACAUUGCAGAGGCUGCCAACUCGACCACGAACAUCGCCGCGUCCCUUUCUCCACGGCCACACCUCUUACAAAAAGGCGUGUCCGACAAGGAUGCCGUAAAGCAAUCUGAAAUUAAGAGGUCCACGUCACCACCAGGAAAAGAAGGAAUCAUGGGGAUUCGUGGUGCAGUCCCUGCGAUUGCCUCCCCUCAGCGGGUACAUCUGAUCCCCUCCGGGGCCGUUCCACAGUUUCCUGAGUAUUCGACCAUGUACACCAACCUACGCACCGUCCACUCCCAGUUUUCCGAAAGCUCCCCUCUGGGAAUGAGCCAGCCUCCUCGCAAUAUCACACCCUCACAGGGUGUUCAAGAAUCCGACCGCAGCCAGACGCCGACGGAAACGAACAUGGAGCAUGUCGAGCACCAGCAGGUCAACAUGGUCCAGCUGCUAACGCGGUACCCGAUUGUGUGGCAAGGCCUGUUGGCACUAAAGAACGAUACCGCUGCGGUCCAGCUGCACUUUGUAUGCGGAAACAAGUCUCUGGGGCUGCGCUCCCUCCCUGUGCCAGAGACUGGCGCUCUCCUCCGUAUCGUCCAGAGGAUGAGAUUAGAGACGCAACAGCUCGAAGGAGUAGCUCGCAGAAUGACCGGCGAGAGUGACUUCUGCCUCCUGCUGGCCAUGCCGUGCGGUCGAGAUACAGAAGACGUGGUGAACCAGACCCAAGUUCUCAAAUCGGCCUUUAUCAACUACCUGAAGGCCAAGCUGGCGGCGGGAAUCAUCAACGUACCCAACCCUGGAUCCAAUCAGCCUGCCUACGUGCUGCAGAUUUUCCCUCCGUGCGAGUUUUCGGAGAGUCACCUCUCACGACUGGCUCCUGACCUUCUAAACCAGAUCUCCAGUAUUUCUCCUCACCUCAUGAUCGUCAUCACCUCCGUCUGAUCCUGAGACUCGCGUUGUUCUGGCCUCGUCUCUGCGGACGCCUCGGGAUUACGGGACGGACGCGUCCGGAUACUUACGUACAUAUAGGACCUUCUGACUCUGAGCGGCUGGAGGAUCGUCCGUCUGCAGCGCCACUCCAGAUCAGCACCAGAUGAACUCGAUCAUGUCUGCUGUACUUCUAUUUAUUGGAGAUCAUUUUUUCUUUUUAAUCCUAAUAAUUUGGGGGAAUUGUGGUGUUUUUGGAGAACGUAAAAAGGGCGGAAAUUUUUUUAGUUUUUUUUUCUUUCUGUUCCUCCCUCAUGGAUCUAGUCCUGAUCUUUUUGAGGUAGGGAACAGGAGCAGUGUAACAGAACCAUGUAUGUCAUGAAUGUCGGUAAGUGCCCCGUACGGAGCUUUAAUGUCCGAUUCGGGAGGUCGACCCGUCAGAAUCCGCUCCCGCUCACUGCGCCCAUUCAGAUCAUGAUGAACCCACCCGCCGGCUGGAGCUUCGGAUGGCAGGACUGUAAAUAUUUUAAAUAUUUAAAACUUUGGCUUGAACCCAGGAGAGUUGCCCUUUAUUUUCAGCGGUGGGUCUGAGCAGCCGAAUCUCCGAGGCAGGACAGGAGUGAAAGAUGCCGACACAGAGACUGGACUUUCAUUUGUCAUGUAAAUACUUCAGACUUUUGGGCUGGCAGCUCUUACCAGGGUUUGUUGUUGCGGGCACUUCAAAUUUUCUUACUCAAAUAAAAAAAAAGUUUCAGAAAACACGAUCAGUCAUGA